UUGUUCCUUUUUUUUAAUUGUAUUUCCACAUGGUUGCGUGUGCGCGUCUGAACUUGCCGGAAAAUAAAUAUUGAGUCUUCAAAAUGUAACACUUGGCGUUACGGCAUCUAUACAAACUGUUUAUGCAUUCAUACACAAUAUACAUCUUUUAUAAGUGAAGAUAUAGUUAAUUCUGCAAAUCGUCUUUCGCUGAAGACGUAUCUUUUGUAACGAUGGUAUUGGUACCUAUUCUCAAGACCUCAAUGUCUGGUUCUUUGAAAGACGUGAGUUCAACGAGCUCUCCCAGAGUAAAAUUUGAUUUGCCCAUUGAUAAAGAAAGUAUUAUACAAUAUAUUCAAGAAGAAGGUGAUACAUCUUAUGGUGCCAGAUUAAAUUCUGUCUUAAAAAUUCUUAUGGAUAAAGAUACUGAGGAUUCUAUUCUUCUAAGAUGGAUUACUGAACUGAAGGACAAUAUUCUAUUUUUAGAUAAGAGAAACGAAUCUUUGACAUUUACAUUAUUGAAAAUGGAAUGGUAUAACAAAAAUGAAAGAUUUAUUAAGGCUUAUCAAGAAUUGAUUUUAAAUCUGGUGACAGCCCACUCAUCUUAUCUUAAACAUGUUCUCUAUUUCAUAAUAUCUAUAUUUGUGAAAGUAUCAGCUGACAAAGAAGUUCCAACACCAGAAGAAAGAAAAAUAUGGCGGCAUGCUCAUGAACUUGCAAAACAUAUUACUGAAUUAAUACCCUUGUCGCAACAUAUAUUUUGCGUGGCACUUGUAGAAAAGUUCCCUUAUAUUAGAAAUGCAGCAUGUGUGAUUUUGCAUUAUGUAGAAAAUCUUUUGAUUGUUUGUACAUAUUUACCAAGCAAGAGGCCUUUAAUAUUGGAAUGUGUUAUUGAAAAAUUUAUUCAAAUAGAUGUGAAUUGUUCUAAAACAACAAUAGAAAUGUAUGAGAUGCAAAGAGAAGAGGAAGAAAGUUUGAAUCAAGAUUUGGAAAUGGAGUCGACUAUUGAAAAGAAAACUGAUCAAAUGGCAUUUCCUUUAGCUCAUAGUCUGGAUAUUUUAAUGAACUGUUUGUUUACAUAUAUUAAGGAAACAUGCUUUUAUAAUGAUAGUGAAGAACUUGAUUGGGAAGCAACAAAGAAAUUGUAUAAAGAAUUUUUAACAAUCUUUGAUAAGAUUAUUCUACCUACUCAAGGUAGCUGUCAUGUUCAAUAUAUUUUGUUCUACAUUUGUGGCUUAAAGCAAGAUCUUUGUAUAGGAUUUUUAGACUAUUUAUGGAAAAAGGUUCAGAACCCUAAUGUUGCACCAGUUUUAAGACAAAUAGCUGCAUUUUACAUUGGGUCUUUACUUUCCAGAGCUAAAUACAUAAGUAUAAGCACUGUAACUGAAUGUCUUGAUUUAAUGUGUAACUGGAUCCAUCGGUACAUUGAUGCUCACACUUCACGUGAUUUGAUGGUCCAUGGAACUUUUCACAGUGUCUGCCAAACGGUAUUUUAUGUAUUUGCCUUCAGAAACAAAGAACUUCUAGAAAUGAAUGAUGGCCACAAAUAUCUACAAAGUCUUAACUUUGAUAGAAUGGUUACAUGUCGUCUGAAUCCCUUGAGGUUUUGUGAUAGAAAUAUAGUUCAGAACUUUGCCAGCAUUGCCAGAAAUCAUCAGAUAGCAUAUGUGUAUCCAAUAAUUGAAAGAAACAAUAGAAAUUUAUUGUAUGCUGGAUUUCACUCCAAUACAGAAGAAGUUAGUGCUGGAGCUAUGAUUCCAACUUUUUUCCCUUUUGAUCCAUAUUUAUUAAAAAGAUCAAAGCAUUGGAUAGAGUCCCAGUACAGAAUUUAUAAUCAUGCCUCUAAAGAUGAAGAAACGGUUGAUCACAUAGAAGAUGAAGAAAUGUGUGUUGAUGAUGAUAUGUUUUCAUACAGCAUGUCUCCUGGCUUCAAAAAAUCUUGUAUUAAAGUUUAUAGAUAGUUGGAUGUUGAUUUUAUCUUAAUUUAUUGUAUAAUAAAAUGCUAUGGUCAUGAA